GUGAAUGUGAACGCAGAGAAAUACUUAAGCUUAUAAGGACGUGUAGGUGUAGGCUACGUGUGGAUUUCUCCUCCUCGUUCCUGCUCUGAAUCUUCCUCGUUCCUGCUCUAAAUCUUCCCCGUCUUGCUUAUCUCUCCCGCCUGGUCAACUAUGUUCUCCGCGACUUUGAAGUCUCAGGCUCUCGCGCUCGUCGGGGCUUUAUCGAUAUCACUCCUGUCUGUUGGGUCUGUCCACGCGCAGAGCUGGUAUACGGUCGAGAAGGAUGCGACUCAGUUCACGGCGCUGUCGGGCGAUAUGAUCGUCCCGAGCGUGCCUCCCAGCGGCGGUACGCCCUACGUAUGGCCCGGCCUCCAAAGCGGGAACGGCGUGCUCCAGGCCGUGUUAGACGGUAGAUCUGGCACUUGGUGGAUCGGCGACGGGUUCUACGGGACGCCCUCGCUCGCGUGGGGGAAUGGGUUUAAUGUGUCGCCGGGGGAUACGGUGCAUUUUACUUUUUCGUCUAGCGGCGACGUAUGGACCUGCACGCUCUCGAGCGGUUCCCAAAGCGCGAGCACGACGCUGGAUAUCACGGGCAAUACGAUGAAUCGGGCGAUUUUUGCCGUUGAGCUGUACGACGUCGAGUUCUCGUUCGGGCCAGUCAUUUAUGAAAACAUCGAGAUCACGGCGACGACGGCGGCUUCGGGAUGGUGUGGGAGUACGGGCGAGUUGGGGUCUUAUACGUAUACCGUCACGGGCGUGAGCACGUCAGGGAACACGUGCAGUAUCGCGAAGAUUCAGCAGAACAGUGCGGUUUAAGGGCGCGUUAGGUGAGUAGAUUAUGGAAGGAGUUGGGUGGACCGCGUGUGCCAGUGCAAUGGGGUAGGGCGGGUACCGGUGUAAGUAUAAAGGACCAAACCAAGUAGGUAAGGUAGUAGGUCGGGUUCAGUAAGUUUUAACGAGAUAUGGAGAUGUGGUUUUUCUUUGGGAUGGGAUGGGAUGGAAUGUACAAUGCAUAUAUACC